CGUUGUUUGGACGGCAUCGGGCGGGAGUUUUUCAAAAUGGGGGCGCGGAGGCGCCGCCUAGGCCUCAGAAGGUGCCCGGGAGGCUUUUCGGUGGCUGUCCUGUCGUCGCCAGGAGCGGCGGCCUAGAGAGCCGAGCCUGAUGGGCGCCAAGAACGGCUGGCUGCUUGGAGCGCUGCCUCGAAGGGGCUGCGUGAAGGGAGCUAAUCCCGGGAGCCCAGGCCUGGGCCUGGCAAUAUGGCGACCUGCAUCGGGGAGAAGAUCGAGGAUUUUAAAGUUGGAAAUCUGCUUGGUAAAGGAUCAUUUGCUGGUGUCUACAGAGCUGAGUCCAUUCACACUGGUUUAGAAGUUGCAAUCAAAAUGAUACUGAAUCUUCCAGAUUUUCUAAAUUGUUUUAUUUUUUGCAUUCUAAUAGCUCGACACUUCAUGCAUCAGAUCAUCACAGGAAUGUUGUAUCUCCAUUCUCAUGGUAUAUUACACCGGGACCUCACACUUUCUAACCUCUUACUUACACGUAAUAUGAACAUCAAGAUUGCCGAUUUUGGGCUGGCAACUCAGUUGAAAAUGCCACAUGAAAAGCACUAUACAUUAUGUGGAACUCCUAAUUACAUUUCACCAGAAAUUGCAACUCGAAGUGCACAUGGACUUGAAUCUGAUGUUUGGUCUCUGGGCUGUAUGUUUUAUACGUUGCUUACUGGGAGACCACCUUUUGACACAGACACAGUCAAGAACACAUUAAAUAAAGUAGUAUUGGCAGAUUAUGAAAUGCCAACUUUUUUGUCAAGAGAGGCCAAGGACCUUAUUCACCAGUUACUUCGUAGAAACCCAGCAGAUCGUUUAAGUCUGUCUUCAGUAUUAGAGCAUCCUUUUAUGUCUCGGAAUUCUUCAACAAAAAAUAAAGAUUUAGGAACUGUAGAAGACUCAAUUGAUAGUGGACAUGCCACAAUUUCUACUGCAGUUACGGCUUCUUCCAGUACCAUUAUAGGUGGUAGUUUAUUUGACAGAAGAAGACUUUUGAUUGGUCAGCCACUCCCAAAUAAAAUGACUAUAUUUCCAAAGAAUAAAAAUGCAAGUGAUUUUUCUUCUUCAGGAGAUGGAAGCAGUUUUUAUACUCAGUGGGGAAAUCAAGAACAAGAAAUCAGUAAUAGUGGAAGGGGAAGAGUAAUCCAAGAUGCAGAAGAAAGGCCACAUUCUCGAUACCUUCGUAGAGCCCAUUCCUCGGAUAGAUCCGGCACUUCUAACCGUCAGUCUCGAGCAAAAACAUAUACAAUGGAACGAUGUCACUCAGCAGAAGGGCUUUCAAAAUCCAAAAGAUCAGGAGUAGGUGAAAAUGAAGAAAGAUACUCACCCACAAACAGCAAUGUCAAUGUUUUUCACUUCUUUAAAGAAAAGACAUCCAAUAGUUCUGGAUCUUUUGAAAGACCUGAUAAUGAUCAAGCACUCUCCAAUCAUCUUUGUCCAGGAAAAACUCCUUUUCCAUUUCCAGACCAGACAUCUCAAAGUGAAAUGGUGGAACAGUGGUUUGGGAAUCUGCAAGUAAAUGAUCCUCUUUCUGAACAAAGCAAGACUAGGGGUAUGGAGCCACCGUUGGGUUAUCAGAAACGUACAUUACGGAGCAUUACAUCUCCUUUGACUGCUUACAGGUUAAAACCAAUCAGACAGAAAACCAAAAAGGCUGUGGUGAGCAUACUUGAUUCAGAGGAGGUGUGUGUGGAGCUUCUAAAGGAGUUUACAUCUCAAGAAUAUGUGAAAGAAGUUCUUCAAAUAUCUAGUGAUGGAAAUAUGAUCACUAUUUAUUAUCCGAAUGAUGGAAGAGGUUUUCCUCUUGCUGAUAGACCACCUUCGCCUACUGACAACAUCAGUAGGUACAGCUUUGACAAUCUACCAGAAAAGUACUGGCGAAAAUAUCAGUAUGCUUCCAGAUUUGUACAGCUUGUAAGAUCUAAAUCUCCCAAAAUCACUUAUUUUACAAGAUAUGCUAAAUGUGUUUUGAUGGAGAAUUCUCCUGGUGCUGAUUUUGAGGUUUGGUUUUAUGACGGAGCAAAGAUACACAAAACAGAAGAUUUAAUUCAGGUGAUUGAAAAGAGUGGGAAAUCUUACACCUUACAAGGUGAAAGUGAAGUUAAUAGCUUGAAAGAGGAAAUACAAAUUUAUAUGGACCAUGCUAAUGAGGGUCAUCGUAUUUGUUUAGCACUAGAAUCCAUAAUUUCAGAAGAGGAAAAGAAAAGUGGAAGUGCUCCCUUUUUCCCAAUAAUCAUAGGAAGAAAACCUGGUAAUACUAGUUCACCUAAGGCCUUAUCACCUCCUCCUUCUGUGGAUCCAAACCCCCCAGUGAGAGAGAGACCAUCUUUGAGUAGAAUGAUCAAAAAUAGUGCUGCUUCUUUGCAACACGCACCGGUACUUAAUCCUUCGUAUGGAGAAAACGAAAAAUUACCAGAAUACAUCAAACAGAAAUUACAGUGUCUUUCUUCCAUCCUUUUGAUGUUUUCUAAUCCAACUCCUAGUUUUCAUUGAUUAAAGCUCCUUUUAGAUAUAUAAGUUUAAUAAAUAACUUUUUUGUUGGCUUUCAAGUAAAGUGACUUUUUUUUAUUUACUAUAACUUCUUCAGAAAGCCUUUCUAUAAAAGAGAAUUUUAAUCUGUACCAUAAUGGAUGUAUUUUAAUGAGAGAACAAAGCAGAAUGACACGUGAGUCACUUAUAAAAUGUA